AUGAACAAAUUAAAGUCCGGUAAUGGUAAACCGACCACUUACAGCCUGCAAGAUUUUAAGGUUGUGCGCAGAAUUGGCGAAGGCUCCUUUGGCGAAAUCUUCCAGGCGAAGCUCCACAGCAAUGGUCAGCAUGUUGCUGUCAAGGUGGAACGUAAGCAUACACAGCAUCCUCAGCUGAGUUUCGAGCAUAAGCUCUACGUCGCACUCCAGGGCCGUCCCGGUAUACCAAAGGUGUACGAUUUUUUCAACCAAAAGCAAUAUAAUCUGCUUGUAAUGGAGUUGUUGGGCUCGUCUCUAGAUGAUCUUUUGAACUAUUGCGGGGGUCGUUUCUCGAUUAAAACGGUGCUUAUGUUGGCUGAUCAGAUGAUUAAGCGUCUGCAGAUGCUGCAUGAGAAUAAUUUUAUUCAUCGCGACGUCAAACCGCAAAACUUUUUGAUGGGCCUUGGUGAGAAAAGCAACGAAGUCUAUAUUAUUGACUUUGGUCUGGCCAAGAAGUAUCGCAACGCCCUUGGCACUCACAUCUUGUACGGAGAGGGCAAGUCUUUGACUGGUACGGCACGCUAUGUGUCCAUUAACACCCAUCUGGGCAUUGAACAGUCGCGCCGUGACGAUAUGGAAGCUCUGAGCUAUAUGCUCAUGUAUUUUUUGAGUGGCCAUUUGCCCUGGCAGGGUCUUGUCUCAAAUUCGAAGAAGCAGAAGUUUGAGUUAAUAACCGAGAAGAAGCUGUCGACCUCUCUGGAUGACCUAUGUAGCGGUUUUCCGCCUGAAUUCGCCAUUUUCAUUCAAGAUUGCCGCUCCCUGAAGUUCACUGAGACUCCCAAAUAUUUACGAGCUCGUCGCUUCUUCCAUGACCUGUAUGCCAAGUUACAGUAUUGCAAUGACAGUGUCUUUGACUGGAACACCUUGGAAUUGCUCCAGAAGCAGAGAACUCAGAUGUUAAACUCUGAAGUUAAGCCCUCAUUGAAUGACGAGAAGGACGAGAGGGACGACGCUGAUAUGGACGAGGUUAAAGUCAAUGAAACUUAAAUAAUUCUACACAGACUGAUAAACACAUGCAUACUUAUAGAUAUAGUACAUUAGAUAAUUUAAGCAACAGCUUUAUUAAAACCCAUUUAUAACAAA